CUGGGGCGGGCGCGCUCGCACCCGCGUGGACGUCGCCCUCGUCCGGCGGCGUCCCCGCGCGCACCUGCCCCGCGCGGCCCCAGGUGUGCCGUCCCCGUCGCUCUCACCUGCCGGGGCCGCGGGGAGGACGCCCGGAGAGUCCGGAGCGGGCGGAGAUGGACUCAGUGGUCUUUGAGGAUGUGGCUGUGGACUUCACCCCAGAGGAGUGGGCUUUGCUGGAUGGUGCUCAGAGGAAGCUCUACAGAGAUGUGAUGCUGGAGACCUGCAGGAACCUGGCCUCAGUGGGAGACAACUGGAAGUGCCAUGGCAUUGAAGAUCAGCACAAGAACCAGAGAACACACUUGGGAUGUCAUGUGGUGGAGAUACCCUUGGAAAAUAAUGAAAGUAAUCAGUGUGGAGAAACCAACCAGAUUCCAAGUCUUAUUGUGCAUAAGAGACUUUCUACUGGAGUAAAAUGCGAUGAAUACAAUAAGUCCGAAAAAGCCAUCAUGGAUACUUCAUCCCUGAAGAGUCCCAUAGCAUCACCUCACCGUGGACAAAAACCUUAUCAAUGUAAGGAAUGUGGGAGAACUUUUCUUUGUUACUCAUCCUUUAGGGCACACAUAAGAGCUCACACUGAAGAGAAACCCUACGCAUGCAAAGAAUGUGGAAAAGCCUUUAUAUACUUCUCCAAACUGAGAGUCCAUAUAAGAACUCACACUGGAGAGAAGCCAUAUGAAUGUGGAAAAUGUGGGAAAACUUUCAGAUCUCCCUCAAACCUUUGGACACAUAGAGAAACUCAUACUGUUGAGAAACCCUAUUCUUGUAAGGAAUGUGAGAAAUCCUUCCCUUCUCCAUCUUCUCUUAGGAAACACGUGAAGGUUCACAGUGCAGAGAAAGCCUACGAAUGUAAAGAAUGUGGAAAAGCCUUCCUUCAUUCUUUUUACCUGAUCAUACAUGCAAGGAUGCACACCGGGGAGAAAGCCUAUAAAUGCGUGGAAUGUGGGAAGGCCUACAGUUGGCCCUCAGACCUUAGGAUUCACAUGAGAACACACUCUGGAGAAAAGCCUUAUGAAUGUGAACACUGUGGAAAAUCCUUCAGUUCUCCCUCAUCCUUUAAGGGACAUUUGCGGACUCACACCGGAGAAAAACCAUACGCGUGUAGCGAAUGUGGGAAAGCCUUCAGUAGUCCUUCAUACUUUAGAACACAUGUGCGAAUUCACACUGGAGAGAAACCUUACAUAUGUAAGCAAUGUGGGAAAGCUUUCAGCUGGUCAUCGUCUUUCCGAGGACAUUUGGGAACUCACAGUAGAGAGAAACCCUAUGAAUGUAAGGAGUGUGGGAAAGCCUUCAGUCGGCUGUCAUCCUUACAGAGACAUGUGCGAGUUCACACUGGGGAGAAACUCUGCAUGUGAGCAGGGUGGGGAAGCCUUCUAUAGUCCCCAUCCUUAAAAAAACACGUGAACUCACGCAGGAGGGAAACUCCAUGCCAGUAAGUAAUGUCGGAAGACCUUCAUGCAGAUUAUUUCACUCAUUAUGCACAGCAAAUUGCAUUUUUAUAAAGGUCUUAGAUACAGUGUUGGCUUUAUUAGUACCUUAUUCUUAAAGUAGACCCUUAUCACGUUCUUUCCAGUUCUUUCUGAGAAAAACAUCUAGGAGAUAAUAUUCCUUGUAUUACUUCGCCAAGGCUGCCCUAACAAAUUGCCAUGAAGUUGGUGGCUUAAAGAAACAGAAAUUUAUUCUCUUCUACUUCUUGAGGCCAGAAGUUGGAAAUCAAGGUGUCAUUAGGGUUGGUUCCUUCUGCAGGUUCUGAAGGAGAAUCUGAUUCAUGCCACUCGGCUAGCUUCUAGGGGCUACCAGCAAUCCUUGGUGUUCCUUGGCUUGUAGAUGCAUCAUUCCAGUUUCUGGCUCCAUCUUAACAUCCCCAUCUCCUAUCAGGACACUUAUUGGAUUCAGGGCCCACCCCAAUCCAGGAAGAACCCAUCUCGAAAUCUUUAUUAUAUCUGCCAAGUCUCUUUCCAGUUAAGGUCACAGUCACAGGUUCUGAGUGGACAUAUCUUUUGGGCAGCCACCAUUCUACCCACUACUUACCCUGUGAGCUAAAUUACCUACCUUUUGAGAUACAGUGUUUUAAUUAUGAAUUGCUUAUAUAAAAAUUAUUUACACUCUGAGGUCUUUUGGACCAAUUGAUCUUUUGAAGUGAAUUUUUAAAUAUGUAACUGUUGGGAUUUUAGAUAGUUUUAUUUAUUUCUAAUUUUCAUCAUGUCAUGAACAUGUGGUUAUUAUGACAUUGAUACUUUGGUAUCAGUGAGAUUUUGUUUCUGGCCUAAUGUUGCACUUACUGGAAUUUGUAUAUCUGACCUCUAUCGUUUUUUCCCUCCUCUCUAAGAAAAUAUUUUUGAAGUUCUCAGUCUUUAGUAUUUAAAAAUAUACAUUUGGCAUUUUUUUCUAGUUGGCACAAUAUUUCAUUGUUCUGGCAGAAAUUCCUAAUAUAAAGCUGUUGAAUGAGGAUACCCUCAUUUGACUGACUUUCCUCUUAUGCCCAUUUCUGUUUGUCGUAGCUCCUGGCUGGGAAUCAGAUACACGGCUUUGAAUUAAAAAGAGAGCUCUUGUUACUUGAAUAUGAUAAAAGCUAGAAUAGCUGUGUUGUGCUUGUUGUGAUGUGUCAGUGCGGGUAAGCCUGGGAACUACAUUUUGCAGAAUCUCAUCCCUAGAUUAUUCCAGAUUAGAGUUGGCCAGAAGCAAACCUUGCAUGAGAUCAGGAAGGCAGAAAUGAAGAAUACAUCAUACUUAGUUUUUUCAGCUCUCAUACAGGCAGAUCGGUGCAUCAGGGCUCAAUGGGCAUCAAUUUCCAGUGGAUUUUCCUGCUUUCUGGGCCCAUUGAUCAUGAGUGUCCACAAACCAAACACCCAGUAUUUGACUCCACUCUCAAAGUUGGCGCCUUCCACAGGCAUCUCCAGUGGCUCUCCUGUCACAGAUCCACUUCCAUUCUCACACGUCCACAAUUUGGAUUUUCCUGCCAACUCCAACGUGUCCACCAGGCCACUGGUUUAUACUUUCUUGGUUGGUGACCUUCUCUGACACUCCCUCUUUUCUCCGGUUCUUACCAUAUUUGUAUCAGGUAUAAUUUGUGUAGUGAGCAUCUUAUAAUAUGUCUAGUGGCCCUCACUCCACUCUGAAAAUUAUAAUUGUGGUGUCAAAACACACAGGACUCUUUUUCGUGAUUGCAUUGUCGAGUGGUUGCAUUUACCCUGUGCUUUUUGUUUCUGGACAGUUCCACAUGAGAAACAGGCAGCUUGUAGCUAUAUGAAGCAGACUGUGGGAAUUUGGGGUUAUUCACAGCUAAAUGCAAUCUCCAAAUGAUAAACUUAAUAUGUUCAAUUAUUACAAUUUUUGCUUGCAAAAUAAGGUACACGUUUUUUAGUCAAACACAAAGUUCUGUACAUAUUUCAUAGAAAAAUCCUAGUAAAAGUGGUUUUAUAUUUGCUGUAUACUUAAAUCAUUAACUUUAUCUUUCAUAUACUGAGAGGGGGUAUGUUAAAAUAUUCCGAUACAGUAUGGAUUGUCAAAUUAAUAUUGUAAUUUUGUCUUUUUAAACAUAUGUUCUGAGGUCACAGUACAUAAAUAUUUUAGAUUUUUUUUAUUUAAAUUUUUUUAUUCUCACAAUGUGAAACAGUUUCGCCAUUAAAACCACUUAUUCAUUCAUAAGAAUAAAAGCUUAUAUAUUGGUUAUGGCAGUGCCUACCAGCCAAAACCUAUGAGAAACAGACCUGCACUUGAACAAAGCUGGGUUUGUUGACUUACUGCAGUGGGGUGUGGUGACCAUAUAGCAUGAGGAACAGUGGGACAUCUCAGAAGUUGUAGUAGAAAGGACUUACAGGAUUUAGACUUAUUUUAGGUCAUUUGGAGGAGGCUCCAAGGAAGCUGGCUCUGCCCCAGGGUGGCUGUUGUCAGGAAGUGUGCAGUAGAGUAUUAAUUCAGCAGCUUUGGUUGCUCAGUCUCUGCACUUUUCAAAGAAAGCAGUGGCCCUUGUCCAGCUCCUAGGAGGUAAAUCCUGAGUCCUUGGAAUAUUCUGCCUGAUAAGAGGGUUUUGUCUGCCUGAGGCCUUGGGCCACACUGUAUCGGUAUGACUAAUUUAUGCUAAGUGUGACUUAGGGUGAAGUCCGGUUUUUGUGUGCAUAAGGCCACAGGUGACCCUGUAUCAGUUUCACCUCUGAGGAGGGGAGCUGGAGGCUGAGUAGCUGAGCUCAGUUAUGUGGGUGCUGCAUGGCUACAUGAGCCCCCCCAAAAUCCUGGAGACCAAGGCUCAGGUGAGCUUCCUUGAUUAGCAAUACUUCACAUGCAUUGUCACACGUCAUUGCUGGGGGUGCUGUCCGGGUGACUCUAAGUUUCCAGGACAACUGGCAGCUUGCUCCUGAUUUAUCCUUUUCCCUUCACUCCCUUGACUAUGUAUGCUUUCACCAUAAUCAUGAGCGUAACGGCUCUUCUGAAUCCUGUCGGGCCUUCCAGUGUAUCGUCAAACCUUAGAAUGCUCUUGGCGACUUCUGACACGGGAAGUGAAUGUAACUGUAUGACUGGGAAUUUUAAUAGUUCUUGUCUAGAAGGAGAAAGAAGGGAUCGGGACUAAAAUUAACUUGCAAAGAAGCAGAAGUCAGUUUUAUUAGCUAGACUAGGGGAGUAUUUAAUUUUUGUGAAUGGCAUAAUUCUCUUUUUAGUCCAUGUAAUGACGUGAUUAGAGUGUUCCUCUUUUUGCCUUGCUCCAAAACAAUCACCCAGUGGCCUUGUGUGAUGACAGUGUUGGGUAGACUUGUUUCUGUUCAACAGAACACUGGCCAAGGAGUGAGUGCCAGGCCAGGUGGGUCCCAGUUCUCAGGGGCUGAUUUUUCUUUCUCACUGUGUAAACAAUUGAGUAUGCUUACUAUCCAUCUGACACUGUUUUCAUUGUUUUUCAUAAAUUAGCUCAGUUAACCCUCCAAAACUAUAAUGUAGAUACUUUUACCUCCCUUGUGAGUUAACUGGAAGCCUACAGAUUAAAAGCUAGCAAGUGGUAAAGACAGGAUCAGGAUUCAGAAUAAGGCCUUCUGGCUCAGAGACCAUGCUCUUCACUUGAUAUUAAUUUUUGAAACUUUUUAAUCUACAGCCAUUCUAAACUCAAAAUUAGGCUCAAAACUAACCAAGACUUGCACAGUAGGUUCUCAAGGUAGAGGCAGAAAACAAACAGGUCCUCGCAAUUCUGGUGCAUACAUUUUUGUGGGAAAAGCAAUGUAAAAAGAAGUGAAGAUUUUUAGGUAAAAAGUAGAGAUUUGGUAUAAAAAUGGAAAUAUGGGUUGUGGAGGAAAAUAAUCCAUAACAAGGGAGACAACAGGGAAAGUAGGAGGGUGUAGUGUGUAUUUUUUCUAUGGAGGGUAGGGGCAUCAGUGAAUGAGGAUGUAUUCAUUAUAUUUCCAUCAUCUAGGAUGAAGUAAACACUGGUACAGGAACUGCUCAAGAGUGUUUGUAAAGAGUAUGGAGUGAUACACAGUCCUGUAUUCAUGGAGUUAACAGAGUAAUGGGUCUCUAUAAAAAUAAAAUCCUUCUCAUGGUUCAGCUUUAUUUUUGCAGCGGUUAAAAGCUUUCAGUCAUAUGAUAUGUAUUUAUGAAUUGGAAUGGGUUUCUGUCACCAAAGUCCCACCAUUUAUUUGGGCCACAAAGUGCAGCUGUUUAUAAUCCUUUUGAAAGAAUUGUAAAUUGUGUUAUAUAUUUGGCAUUACCAUUUUGCCGUUAUAGUGCAAAUGACAGAACUUGUAUCCUAAAUCGUAGAGUUGUCUCUAGUCUGAAAAAGGGACGUGGUCAUCCGCAGAGUUAUGCCCCAGCAUGUGCCCUAUUUUAUAAGCAGAAUGAUAUCUAUACAAGCUUUCAGUGAUCCCCAGGUAGAUGCCAGGAGAACUGUGGAUGGCGAGUGAAAUUUUCCUAGGAAUAAUGAAGGUGAGCUGCAGUGUGUCAUUUUGAGUAUAAUCCUAAUUUAGUAUGAAAGAGGUAUAUUUGGCAUUCUCGAACAUGGAAAAUUUUAAUACUCUUUUAUAGAAGGUGGUGGAAGAUUUGUUUCAGUGAUGCAUAAAGCUGUUCACAAGUGUUAAUUCCAUAUACUCAGUCUUUCAGUACAUGUUAGGGCAAAGAAGAAAUGUAAUAUCUCUGCUUAAAAAGCAAAUGAAGUCAAAUUUGUAUCCAUUUUUUCCAAUAUUAAUGUUUUCAUAACAUUGCAGAUAUUUUAAUAUAAUUUGAUCAUCAUUACCUCAUUUGAUCUCCCCCUCCUCAUCUCCACCAACCUCCAAAAAAGAAAAUUAAGCACAGGGAGCAUAGUUUUGCAUAAGCUCAUGUAACUAAUAAUAAUAAAGGAAUGUCAGUUUUGAAGACUUAAUGUGUUUCAUGACCUAUAUUAGGCACUGUAGAAAUCUGAAACUUGGAACAUCACUGAAAGGUAACUAUAAAUACCCAGUUUUACAAAUAUGAGAUCAAAUAUAUAUCUGACUCAAAAUGCUACAUAGCAUCUGAUUCUAUUAUAUGGCAUUUUGGAAAAAGUUAAGGUUUCGGAGUCUAGAACAGAUCAGGGUCUAAGGGUGGGGGAGGGCUUGACUACAAAGGUGCAGAGCUAGUGAUCAUUUAGGGAGGAUGGGCUAGUCUGUAUUAUGGUUGGUACCACUGUAUGCAUUUGUGAAAACUCAGAACUACACUGAAAAGACGGAAUUUUACUGUUAUAAACAGUAUUGCAUAUUUCUACACCAACUGCAGAAAACAAACACACUCUUCAUGCAAAUCGAGAAACAGACACCUGAACCUAGAUUUUUAGAUAAGCAAGAACAAUUCUUUCCACCUUGACAACCUUACAGAGAACAGCGAUAUGGGAGAGAAGGACUCUCGAGCCAUCAGGCCUUUCUUGGAACCCAAUCAGAAGUUAGGGCACGCCCUCCAGGGCUACACCGGCCCUCACCUCGGAGACUUAGCCAAGGGGAAGUAAGAGGGCAUCUGUCCUCCCGGGUCCUUGGGAUCUGAGCUCUGGAAACACUGUAGGUCUUAAACAUAAAGGCAGACCCUAGUUUUCUCAAUGAGGGCCCUCCUGGGCAGGACCCUAAUCUUUGGCUAUUGCAUCAUAAUCCAUUUCAGCUCUCAAAUUACCAAGCCCAGUUCUGUGUCUUUUUAAGAGACUUCAUUAAGGGAUCCACUCUGCCCACAUCUCGGGACUAUUUCCCUGGAGCAGCAGCACGUGGCAGUGAGGUGACAGGGAGUAGGAAACAGAGGCAUUCAGGCCUCGGGACCGUUACCCACACCCCUCGGGCAGAGGAACCGGCUCUGGCAUCAUCAGCUCAGCCGCACGUGCCCGCUGGCCACGCCCACGUCACGCGCCUCCACGCUCUGCCCACAGAGGCACGCAUGCGCACUCACAGCCCCUGGGUCCCGGUGAACCGCCUAGGGUCAGGAGCACUCGGGCCUGAGGCUCAGAGCCGCACAGGCGCAGUCCACACCUACAGCCACCUCAAGUCUGGCUCCCUAGUCAUUCCCAGGCUCCAGGAAAGGUCUGAAGAGCCAGCCCCUCCAUACCCGAUGGCCACUCACUUCCUAGGACAGCCCCCCAAGGAACCUGAGCCCCUUGGUGAAUGUAGGUCAAAGACAGACAGCCCUCAGAGGCCACGAUCCUGCUCCCCUCACGCAACGUGGCCUUCCAUCCGCUUCAAACCCCCCCAUCCCAGAGGCAGCUGGGAACUCUGACCUUUACACCGUGCCCAGGCGCAAGCGAACUGUUUCUUCUGUGGUGGAUGCAGAGCCCCUGGUUUUCCGGAAGAGCCAGAGGGGACAUGGGGCGGGGCCAGAAUCAGCGGAAAUUCCUGCCCUCUUGUCCCGCCUUACUGGAACUCACAUCCGCUUCUGGUCGGACAGAGAGAAAGGAGACCAGGCAAUUUCCUGAGGCCUCAACCUUCCUUCCUUCUACCGUGGCUGCCUCGGGGAGGCAGCUAAAGACAGCAAAGGCCACUAGGUGCUAAGGACACUGCAGCGAAGUCCCUGGAUACAGAGGACGUGACAGCUGAAGAAGGGACAGACACCUUUGCAGCCCACACUCGGUUCCCUGCUGAAAACAAGGGGACAACCGAAACCCUCUCUACUGUCAGGUAGUGAGGGGCCUGUUCGUGGAAGAAAUUUAAAGCAGAGUGACCAGCUGGAGCAUCCUUGACAAGGGAUAUUGUCCCUGGACUCUCAGGGCCUCAGGUGCCUGCCAUGUGGUGGUGAUGCCCCCUUGGCGGUUUCUUAGGGCCAUGCGGG